AUGAAUAACAGGCAUCUUGGCCAACGCCUCAGGAUGCCAUCCAAGCUGGUCACGUAUACGACAGCAAAACGAUACCCUGUCAAUGCUUUGACAUGCCUGAAGGCGGGUAAAGAUUCUGAAUUGAUUGAAACCUUGGUUUACCAGAUUGAACAAGAACUCGUUUUUCUUGCUCUUGUUAUUAUGCGCUAUGUCGAGUUAUCAAGUUCGUUAGAGUUCGAGAAAAACACAGAAAUUUCCGACUCAGUGAAGAACUCAAAAGGAAGAGUGUUGGUUCACUGCCAAGCAGGCAUCUCCAGAUCAGCUACCAUUUGCCUCGCCUACCUUAUAAGCAGGCAUCGGCUGAGGCUAGACGAAGCUUAUGAGUAUGUCAAGAAAAGGCGAUCGGUCAUAUCUCCAAACUUUAAUUUCAUGGGACAAUUACUGAACUGGGAAUCAGAGACUCAACUGACCGAGAGAGCAACGAGCAGUACUGAGCUGUUAAUAAACACGCCCACAACAAGCUGUACGGUCACUUCUCCAUUUGGGUUCUUUAGCUUUUCGUCGCUGCCAUGUGGAUCAGGGAUAACUCCAUCUGGUAACGAACAGAAUUCACCAGGACUUGUUACAUCACCCAUGUAG